AUGUGGGUCUAUCACUUACUACUAGUGCUUUUGGUCGUGGCCUGUUCAAGCUUCGCGAACAUAUCGGCGGCUCAAGAUCUCAAUCCUAGUGUUUACUCGCCAAACUCAGCAUUGAGCAACGCCGGUGGAAGUAAUCGGGUUUUAAGAACCCGCGCAAAGGACAGCGAAGAAGGCGAGGAAAGAGUAUCGCCAUUAGCAGCACUUGAGGGUUGGAACUCGAAAAUGCUGGCAAUGAGUUUCGAGGAAGCAAACGCACUAUUUAACACGGGAAAGAUUCACCUUCCUCAAGGUGUGACGGCUGAGCAAGCACGCGAUUGGUUGUGGUCCAAGAACAUCGACCUCUUCAUUGGCCUUGAGAAUAAAGGCAAAACACUCAAGAGCAUGCGCGAGGAGCUGAAGAUUGACGAAAAAAUACGGACCAUGUCACCUAAAGCCUUAAAAGCAGAUCCUAACUACAUGCUGUACACGGCCUUCGAAACCUACUGGAGAUUUACCCGUAAGAACCAAGCGUCCGUGUUUAAAUUCCAAUGA